CGAGAUCAUAUCACCAAAGUCAACCACCAUUAUUCCGUUUGGAGAUUUUUGAAACCAAUCGUGUCGAUCUUGCCAAGUCGCCUGCUCCUCUGGAAUAUCGAAUAAGAAACAAUGGUACAACCCCGCUUUUUGUCAAAAUCAAAAUAUGUCGCACAAUCUAUCAUUCAAUCAAGAAGCUUCGGUAUUUCUUAUCCCACUAGGUCUUCCCAAUUGUCCGUUGCGAAAUUACUUGGAACAUCUCCUGAGAACGUAGAUGAGGUUAAAGUCAAUGUCAAUGGUUUCAUUCGUUCCAUUAGGAACCAAAAAAAGAUAUCGUUUGCUUCAAUUGGCGAUGGCUCAAGUGUGCAACCGUUACAAGCUCUUCUUACUCCACAACAAGCUGAAAGAAUUUCGAUGGGUACAGCUGUACGCCUCACCGGAUACUGGAAACCAUCCCCGAACCAAAAGGCACAAAGUAAUGAAUUACAUGUGCUGGAAGUGGAUGUUUUAGGUGCCGCGGAUCCUGCCACAUUUCCGCUACAGAACAAAUAUCACACGCCUGAAUACCUCCGCACUAUUCCUCAUUUGCGAACGCGAACGCCCUUCAACUCAGCAUUACUUCGAUUCCGAUCGCAAAGCAUAGCUUCUCUGACACAAUUCUUUGCUGAACAGGAUUACGUCCAGACACAUCCUCCUAUAAUUACAUCUUCAGACUGUGAAGGCGCCGGGGAAGUUUUUGAAGUAGGUAGUGCGCACAAAGGACCAGUUGGGAAAGGUGAUGAUGGAACAUUCUUCAGAUCGCCAAAAUACUUGACUGUUUCGAGUCAACUACACUUGGAGGCUUUGGCCCAAUCGGUAGGAAGAGUAUGGACAUUAUCUCCUACAUUUCGAGCCGAGAAAAGUGAUACGCCAAGACAUUUGAGCGAGUUCUACAUGUUAGAAGCAGAGUGUAGUUUCGCGGAAAAAAUGGGCGAAAUUAUGGACCUUGUGGAAAACAUGCUCAGGCAUUUGACAACGAACCUAUAUUCUACUCAAGUGGGAAGAGAAAUAUUGGAAUCAAAGCGAAGCGGAGAUGAGGAGAAAGAUACAAUGAAUAGAAGUCGUGAAUUGACACGAAGAUGGGAAGGUAUGAUAAAGGGGCCUUGGCCACGGAUCACUUAUUCGCAAGCAAUCGAAGAACUUGAAAAUAGUGGCCAAACUUUCGAACAUCCUCCUGUCUGGGGCUCAGGUCUUCAAGCUGAACACGAGCGAUAUAUCGCCAAUCAGGUCGGACUUGGAUCGCCUGUUUUCGUAACAGACUAUCCGAAAAGCAUUAAACCAUUUUAUAUGCUACCUUCAGAGAACUCACGUGCAGAAGGAACUCAGGCCACUGUUCAAUGCUUUGAUCUUCUAGUUCCAGAAGCAUGUGAACUUGUAGGUGGAUCUAUGCGUGAGUAUAGAUUGCCGGAACUCACCUCUGCAAUGCGAGCGAAUGGUAUGGUACGAGGUGAUGCAGGGGAAGAAGACUUCGGUUCCUUGAAAUGGUACACAGAACUGAGGCGCUGGGGAAGCGUACCUCACGGAGGGUUUGGUUUGGGAUUCGAUAGAUUGCUGGGGUAUCUUUCUGGUAUACACAACAUCAGAGAGAUAGUCGCAUUUCCAAGGUGGGUCGGGAGAUGCGAUUGCUGAAUUGAAUAAACAUGACGCAUAAUAGUUUCAAGGUGAUGGUAAGCAAAUUUGAGAUGGCUUUUUCGUGAGGCUUUCUUAGGGAAAUCCAAUCGACACGAUUAUACGACAAUCUCUCGACAACAGAAAGAUGCCUCGUUGUAGGCAACCCGAGACGCAAAGAAUAAUCACAAUUCAAUGCAUCUUCUCGCUCAAUCCAAUACACUCUAGUGAUGAUGUUAUUCUCGAAUGAUUCUUACCUACAUCAAUUUCAGCAUAAUCGUUUCAAAGUUGACUUCGCCUCCUUGCGAAAUGUUACAUGACGUUGUUUGCUCACCGUCAUUCUAUCCACUACCUAGCCUUCAACCAACCAUCAACCGCUCUUUUCAUUUCUCGAAUUAUAAACAUUGGAAGCGCAUGAGUACGAUGUCAAGUUAGAAUUCUCCCCACAUAACUGGAAAGUUACCGCAAAUCUUCACGGAAACCAUUAUGGCGAACUUGUGCCCCUAGAAUACAACAGUCUAUAACUCCAGGUAUUCACAUACGAAUCUUCAACAACUUUCAUUCUGAUUUCAGCCUCAUUUGCAUGUGCAGGCCCCUGGCCCCCAGCUCGAGCUUUCGGCACGACGCGGAAGUGAUGUAUGAUUAAUAUUCACAGAUCCUUAAAAUUCGAGAAGCCGUUUGAAACAGUAAGGUAGCGCUCUAAUUUCAAAGUACAUUAUGUGUCCACAUAAAGCUUGCGGGCUGAGUACAGAAGUUUGUUUCUAGUUUAAAUUUAUACUUAAUGGAAUGGGUGGAUCAAUUUGGCCGGGUUCUCGAUACUCGGUCGUUUACGACGGAAGGCCCCCAGGAGUAAAGAUCUGUUUUAAUAUUUAGAGUUAAUUCACUGAAUAUUUGUAUCGCUGUUGUUUUAUUAUUAUAUUUCUUAGCAUUAGUAAAUACUCGUUUGUUAUUUUCAUGCUAACAAUAGAAGCACUAGAUAAUUCUGGGAUUGAAAAGGGCUUGAACAUUUUGAUUGAAGUGCGUAGCACUGCAUUCACAACAGUUGGUGAUUAUGUACUGCAAGAGUACCAUCUAACUUAUCAUCACGUUGAGGCAAAACCUCUCACUUGAUCUACAAUCACCGAUACCUUGAAUUUAAGACACCGAUUCGCCAAAUUCAGAAUUCUCUGGCUUCAAUAACCAACGACUAUCACGCCGGUACAUGAGAUGAAGCUUACUGUCCAGUCGCUAAGAAUGUCUAGGUAGAUAGAUGUUGAGAGGAUAAACUCUCGGAAAUCCAACCAAAUAUCAACAACACAUGGAAUAGGGUAACUUCCUAUAGGCAGCCAAGAUCUGAGAUGUGAAAGGACCCUCGAUAGUUACUAGAUAUGUGAUUAACAAUAUCCGAUACGUCGUCG